AUGAAGACGGCCACCCUCAUCCUCAUCCUCCUCCAGUUCCUGAUCGCAGGCGCGACGGCCCAGUCAUCUCUUUCUGAAGUGGUAGCGGAGCUGCCUAGCUGCGCUUUGACCUGCCUGAUCACGGCUAUCUCGCAUUCACCGUGCUCUCUGACCGAUGUCGACUGCACAUGCUCGAACAAGAAGCUAAAUGACGAAGCUCAAGUCUGCGGCCUUGCCAAUUGCACCAUCAAGGACGGACUCAGAGCGAAGAACAUCACAGAGACACUAUGCCAAAACGGAGCGCCACCAGACCGGAGUCUUGUCCCAGUCUUCUCAGGCUUUCUCGCUCUUGCUGGUUCGGGCUGCGCUGCCUUUGCAGCAACAAACAUCCGAGCAGCGGUGCUUGGCAUGGGUCAGGACGUGUGGAACGUUCCCUUCGACCACAUCACCUGGCUGCUGCUGAUCUUCUGGGUCAACAUGGGCCUGUACGCCGUAACGCGGGGGCUGAUCCGCGCCUCCAUUAUCUUCUUCUAUAUGCGAAUUUUCCCGAGCACCUCCAAUUACACCGUUUACCGCCUCGUAUUCUGGACGGGUGUCCUCAACGCCGUGCACAUCACGUGCUUCACCCUCGCCGUCAUUUUGCAGUGUCAGCCUACGCGCUUCUUCUGGUACCAGUGGGACAAGCAGGGUCCCGUGCAGGGCCACUGCGGCAAUGCGAAUGCGCUGGCUUGGGCCGCGGCUGGAGCGGGGAUUGCGUUGGAUUUGUGGCUUUUUGCGCUGCCUUGGCCAGGAAUCUGGAAGUUGAACCUGAGCUGGAGGCGGAAGAUAUUCGCUGGGAUUAUGUUGAGUGUUGGUGUUGCAUUCUUCGUGAUCAGUCUUGUGAGACUGAAGACGAUUAACACUUUCACGACUACGAUCAAUCCCAGUAGGGAUUUCGUGGAAGUAGGAAUCUGGUCUGGAAUCGAGAUCGAUGUCGGCGUAGUCUGCCCCUGCCUGCCGUCGAUCCGCAUCCUACUCGUCCGAUACGCGCCGCGCUGCAUGGGCUUGGGGAGCAGUGCGGACCACGACCUGGAGGAGCAGCAGCAGGCGAGCAGGCCAGCUCGGGGACGACACGGUAGGAGGCUCCGGAAGCGCAGCUACGUCAACUUCGACGUCGAGGGCGGCAGCAGCGGCCGCAGCGGGAAGAUGUCCCUCACCGCUGUCGCCUCGACGCCUCCCGGCAGCACCUUUACGGAUGGUAAGAAGAGCCCAUGGAAUGAAAGCGAAUACCGGCUUGCUACUUUUAAGAGACAUAGCACGGAGAUGGUGGAUGAUGUCAUAGUCGCUUCUGAUGUUUGA